CAUGGCGGUGUGGAUCUUUGGGGGCCGCCUCGCCCUGCGCGGGCGUCUCGGCGCCUGCAGGCUGCUGUGUCCCCGUUUUCAGAGUUGCGGCCCUCAGGGCGGGGAAGAUGGGGACAGGCCCCAGCCAUCCUCGAAGGCAGCCAAGAUCCCCAAGAUUUACACCAAGACAGGAGACAAAGGGUUUUCCAGCACCUUCACAGGAGAGAGGCGACCUAAAGACGACCAAGUAUUCGAAGCCGUGGGGACCACGGAUGAGUUAAGCUCGGCUAUUGGGUUUGCCAUGGAGUUGGUCACAGAAAAAGGCCACACAUUUGCCGAAGAGCUUCAGAAGAUCCAGUGCAGUCUGCAGGACGUCGGCUCUGCCCUGGCCACUCCACGGUCCUCAGCCAGAGAGGCUCACUUAAAGCACACGGCCUUCCAGGAAGGGCCUAUCCUGGAGCUGGAACAGUGGAUUGACAAGUACUCCAGCCAGCUCCCCCCGCUCACGGAUUUCAUUCUGCCUUCUGGAGGCAAGAGCAGCUCUGCCCUGCAUUUCUGCCGGGCCGUAUGCCGCCGAGCCGAACGACGCGUGGUCCCUCUUGUCCAGAUGGGAGAGACGGAUGCAAACGUGGCCAAGUUCUUAAACAGACUCAGUGACUACCUCUUCACCGUAGCCAGAUAUGCAGCCAUGAAGGAGGGAAGCCAAGAGAAAAUAUACAAGAAGCGUGAAGUGUGAGACAUGACGACAUGGCGGGGACCUCUGAGACUCCUGGCUUCUCUGAGCUGUGUCAAACACAUCAACUGAGUUCCAGACUCCAGGAAGGCAAGGUCCACUGGAAGCUUCGAAGGGGAUGGGCCACUCGGAAUCGAGAAUGAACAUGGGGAAGGUUUGAACUGUGCAAGUAGGCUCUGUGUGUGUGUGUGUGUGUGUGUGUGUGUGU